UCUUGCAGCAUUGGUUGGGUCACCUGCGCGGUUAUAUCUCUGCGCUUCUCUCGUUCGUCACUCAGGUCAUUCUUCCUCAGAAUCUCCAGCCCUUCGUUUCGAGACCGCGUGUCCAAGGACUUGCUUAAAAUUAAUUAACGCAAAUUUGCGUAGCGCGUCAUCGAGAAUUCGCGCGAUCAGUAAAAAUUAAUUUCACGAAAUCAAUUCGUGUCUCUGUCUCGUAAAGAAAGAAUGCCACGGCGUCGCGCACGUGCACCACGUGCACACAAGAACGAGGCGGCGAUGCUGGAAGCCAGCAAGGCGCAAGAACGAGACGAGAGGAAGGUUGAGGCUGAAGAAAAUUUGCUUAUCGCGCAGGAGAUUAAAAUCGCGCGCUUCUUGGCCAACCCCGACAAGAAAAUCCGAGACAGGACAUUGAAAAAGCUAAAGAAAUGGAUGACACUGCGAUCGACGAGUUCGUUCGAAUUCACUGAGACGGAGUUUAUAAUCCUGUGGAAGGGUCUGUUCUACUGUAUGUGGUACUCGGACAUGAUGCUAAUCCAAGAAGAACUGGCGGAGACGAUUAGUCAGCUCGUACAUUGCCUCAAGUCGAUGGCUGACGUUGUACUCUAUACCGCGUGUGGCCUAACGACACUAGGUACUGAAUGGUUGGGCUUGGAUCACUAUGCACUGAACAAAUUUUACAUGUUGGUUAAAAGGAUUCUUCGUCAGACAUUCGUAGCCUGUAGAAACAAUUCAUGGGACAUGGAAUGGGUGACAAAUAUCGCGGACGUGUUGGAGAAAUUGUUUUUAGAUCCGAAACUCAGCUUGGGUUUUAAGUUGCAUAUAACGUUUGUCUACUUGGAAGAGCUCGCGAAGGUCAGUGAUGAGAAUUUAUCGGAGGAGGCAGUUCAUGGAUUUAUCCAACCAUUUGUUGUAUAUCUAGCAGCGUCGUACGACGCACGACCGAGACAACAGAUCCAGCGACAUAUCUUUCGACACUUAAUAUUCCAAUCUGACUUAGGCAUGGAUUAUACGCAAAAAUUCGAAGUUUGGAAAAAUUCUGGCUUUCCUUGCGUGAGCAUGGACGAUAUACAGAAAAUAGAGAUGUCUGAAGAGGAAUCGGACGAAGAGCUUUCAACCAAGGGACAAGAUGUUCAGUCGAAACCUCUAGAUCCGAGAGCGGGUAGAGUGGAUGUUGAAUUGCCGCAACUACCGUUCAAUCCUGCGAAGAUCGCCGAGCAACUUAAGAAGCAUAAAUUUCACCCAACGUCGACGUCGAAAUCACGGAGACAAGUAACGAGACUUAUCGCGGAAUUUAACGAAUUGGCCGAAGGAAGCAUGCCUUUGGGAGUGAAAAGAGUGAGAAAGCCGUACGCUCAGAAGAACACCGACAUGGACUCGCAGAUGGCCGCGUUACGUCUCAUUCAGUCCGAGAAGCCAGUCGAGGAUAAAUUGAGCAGAAAACAAAAAAGAAAAAGGCACGACUCGAUUAUGAGUUAUCACGCCGAUGAAGCUCUCUCCUCUCUCGAUAAUUCGAAAAAAAUGACCAAGUCAGACGUAGAUACGAGCAACUGUGAACUUGACGAUUCAAAAAAUGAUUCGGUUGACGUGCCAGCGAUCAGGAAGGCGAACAUGCAAAACUCGAGUGCUGAUGUACUACCUAAAAAACGGAAGAGGAGUGUUGCAACGCAUGAUGAAUUUGCCGGUAAACGCGAGACAACUGAGAACAAGGAGGAGGAGCCAGAAAUCAAGGUCUCGACAAAGAUUAAUAAAAUGAAAAAGAUUAAAGCAAAACACACGAGCGACGCACACGCUGCGGAUAAAAGCACGAAACGUAAAACAAGAUGUAAAAAACUACCACGUGAGCAAGAUUCUGGCAAUGAGGAUCAGUGCACUUCUGCACCUAUCGCGCUAAUUUCGCAGCACCGGAAGAAGCCAAAGAAGAUAAAGGAUAAACCAAUAAUUAAGAAACAGAGGUCGAAAAUCGGCGCUUUGCGAGACGAUCAGGUGACGCCACUGAGAACCGAAUUAUCAAACAAAAUAAAAAAUCAGCUCGACAAAUCUUCCUCGGCGAAGAAGAAAGUGGUGUUCGGACUCAGCCGUAACACCGCCCAGCACACGUCGGAGUACCUCCAGCAGAUCCGUAACAGUCCGGCCAUUCCCUUCGACGCGAACAAGAAGCCAUUGACCAGCGCGCUGAAGACGAGCCCCCUACCGAGCCCGAUUAAUCCGUUUUACAAGAAAAAGCUCUCGUUACAAAAUCAGAGGAUCUGAGCCCUUCUUUCAUCUCGACCGAACAGAUUGGCGAGGCGAUUUUAAAGCGCGACGGACGUCACGGUGGACGUUUUCCUUUGACGUAUACAUCGUCGCGUCAACAAUACCUGCCUGGAAUACCUGCGUCUUUCUGCUUUGUACAUUUUGUAGAUACAUCAUGCAUAUUUUGUACAUAUCCAGUGAUACGAUCAUUUUAUAUUACGUUUUAUAUUCCUGUACAAGUGAUUUCUGGAGAUGUGCACGAUUACGCGGAAUAAAGCUUUUUUUUCCAAUCGA